AGCUUCUAAAUGUUUACACGAAUGGGAUUGAGCAAUUGAGCCAUUAUGGUACUUUUCCUGAAAGUACUUGGAUGAAAAAAAAAAACGAAUAAACGGUAUUGUGGUUGUUACCGUAUCUGAUUAUGUACCGGAGUUUAAGACAUAAACACACGACUGUCUAGCAGUUAUUGAUUAUUGUUCUAUGGUAUUAUUAUCUUUAAUCGUGGUGCGUAAUAAUCUGAUAAAUAAUAAUCAGCGUUCACGAUACUAUCUUAAAUCAUGGUAGUAUAAUUAAUUAUUUUCAUAUUUGGUCAAUACUCAAUUGGCACGAUUGCCUAUUUAUAUUUGAUAUUUUGAAUUUUAAUAUCAAAGUAAACAAACAUUGACAAAAUAUUGUAAUUUUAAAUAUAUACUAAAUAGUAAAUAGUAAAUUGUAAAAUUGUUAAUACUUAAUGCUAAAGCUAAAUUCAAAUAUCAACAUUUAAAGACCGUGAUGUGUCAAAUUCUGACUUAAGAGUACUGAAUUAUUGACUAUUGGUAGAAUUUCAAAAUUAUAUAAUAUUAAAUUUAAACUUAAAAGCUUAAAAGUCACAGAGAAGGAUAUCGAAUAUUGAAUUUGAUAAAGCCAGAACAAUAACAAUGUAUUGUUUCAUUAUUCAAAUUUAAUUAAUAAUUUCAGUAAACCUUUUUAUUGAAGACUCAAAUUGAAAGAGAAAUGUCUAAUAAAGAUGAUAUAGAUUAUGAUGUAGGUAGCUACAGAUGUGAAGGCUCAGUAGAGCAUUUUAGUUUCAGAAUAUGUUUAGAAAUUUCUCGUACUUCAUUUCACCAUAAAAAUACUGAAAUCGAAAAAAAGUACACCAAAAGGAUAGAAAAAGUAUUUCAUUGGAUGGAAAAAACAUCAGAUGAGCCACAAGAUCAAAAUGAUUUAGAAGAAACAUCUUCAUCAAUUGAAGGAAAACUUUUAGAUAGCCAUUUGAAAACUAAAUUUAAUCAGCAACAUAAUGGUCGUACAAUUCUACAUGAUAUUAUGGGUCAUGAUAGUACACUCACUGAAUCAUUUAAGAAAAUGAGCUUAAUGAAAGACCAUAAAAAAAAUGUACAUUUUUUUACUAAAAAUGUUAUUGAUAAUUCACCAUCUGACAUUUCAAAAUUGCAAAAUAGAUUACCAAAUUUCAAUCAAAUAAUGCAUGUUCUUCUUGACCUUGGAAGUAAUGGUACAGAAAAUGAAGAAAAUAAUCUUGUGUUAGCAUCAUUGUAUUGGAAUCCAAACAGUCAUAUUAUGACAAUAUUUCCUAAUUUUACGACUAACAAUUGUUCAGGAUAUAUACUUCCAAUUAGUACAGUGAAAGAUUCAUGUUUUGAGUACAGAUUUUGGAUAGAAAAUCUAUCUAAUGAAUCUCUAGAACUAAUUACUGAUACUGUAAAUUUUCAUCUACUCAAAUUCGAUCACUAUGACUUUUAUAUACCAGAGACUGAUACUAUUGAAAUAUUUGCUGAAAUAACUUCUGCUAGUGGAUUUGAAUAUGACAAUUUAUUUAUUCGUUAUUUUAUUGAUCUUCCUUCAGGAUGGAAAUGUGCUAAUACUAAUUCACUUAGUGGAACCACUCAUACAUGUCGACGAAAUAACAAUAAGAUAUCUAUAUUUUCAUAUCUAUUCAAUGUUACAGUAAUAUUACCAAAAACAAUUGAUCAGCCUACAGAUCAAAAUAUUAACUCUGCAUUUAUAACAUUUAUUAUUUAUUCAAUUGAUUCAUGGAACAAGGAACGAGUUGAAGGAUAUGCAUCAUAUCAAAUUCCGAAAUUCUCUACACCAAUAUCACAUAAAAACAAUAUUAAAUUAGAAGCGUGGUUACCAAAAUCUAGAAAUUGUGUUGAUAAUUUACGUAGAUAUUUCAUUGGUGGAACUGUAAAGUUGGCUGAACCUAAUUAUAUAAGUGUACCCACCAAUUUCAAUGAAAAGUUGUUGAGUAAAUUUGGAAUGGAAGUAGAACAUAGAGUGACAUUGUAUCUGCUCAAGCGCUAGUAAAAAGUGUCAACAAUGUAAUGGCUAGUUUCAAAAGAGCACGACAGAGAAUGCUUUUAGCUUGCCAGCCAAUAUUAAGUCCAUCACAUAAUUAAUUCCUAUUUAUAAACUAAGUUAUUACUAAUUAUAAAAUAAUUAAAUUCACUCUAGUCAAUGUUUAAGGUUUAAACAUAUAUAAUUAUUGUUAAUAAGAAAUUAUUUAUACUUCUAUUAUAAGGCUCAAAUUAUAUUUUCAUAUUAUUUAGAAUAAUGCUAAGUUAAGGCACAGUGUUUAACUACAUUUUAUUUAUCAUCAGUUAUCAUCUAAUAUAAAAUUAAAAUUCAAUUUUUGUUUUUCAAAAUACAUAUAUAUUUUUAAUAAUUCUUAUAUUAUAAAAUUAUUUUAUUGCAAAUUUUCUUUUGUUUUUAAAAAGUUGUACGUAUUUUUAAUUUCAUAUUUAAAAGCACAAUAUAUUUCUGAAAAUAAAUUAAUAUCCUUAAUAUAAAAUAUAGUAUACAAUAUAACUUAUUUAAUGUAAAAAUGUAUAAUAUAAUAUAAGUAUACAUUUGUAUAUAAGAUAAGUAGUAAUGGAGUAGAUUACUUUAAAAAACUGUGGUUCACUCAUAAGUAAACAAUUCUAUGUUCUACUCUGCAAAAUAUUUAAAAAAUAUGACAGUUUUUUUGCGAAGAUAUUAUAUUUUAACUCAUAUAAGUCAUUAAAUAAUUCCUUAUUAUGUAUCACAAAUAGGUAAUACAGGUUAGGUUACAAUUUAUAUCAUCAUAAUUUCUUAUUGUACAUUUUUAAUAAAAAUAAAAAAAAAUAUUAAAAUAUUCACCAAGAUAAUCAAAUACUAUUGGAAUAUAUUUAUUUCCCUACUAAUAUUCGUCAGUUUUGGAAUGGUUUGAAUUAACGUGGGUCCAUCAUAUUUCAUUCAAAGAAAAAACUAUUGUUUAUAACUUUUAAUGUGCUUGACUUUUAAUCAAACAAUUUAUUUUUCACAAAUAUAAAAUAUUUUUCAAUUUUAAAAAUAGUAUUUUUUAAUAAGUAAAAAAUACAAAAAAAAAAAUAUUCAGAGUACGUAUUCAAAUAAUUUUUUCAAAAAGUAUUUAAAAUUUCAAAAUAGUAUUUGAAUAAAAAAAAGUAUUUGAAUACAUUUAUUCGAAUACUUUACAUCAUUACAAGGCUGUUUAAAUGUAUGUCAAGUGAUUUAGUCAUCAAACUUACAAAUGCAUCUCAAUCACUUGUCUGAAUGGUAUGCGAAGUGGCGUGUCCAAAUUAACCAAAAUAAAUCUAUACAUACAAUGUUCACACUUAAACAAGGAAUAUGCCCAAACAUUACACUUAAAAAUGUACCAAUUCCCACAUCCGAUACAGUCAGAUACUUAAGAUUAACCCUAGACGAAAGACUGACGUAGAAAAAACACCUUCAAUCCAAAAGGCUAACCUUAAAUAAUCGCAUGCGUAUUCUCAGACCCCUGUUAAUUAGAAAUAAGUGGUCCUCCCUUAACACCAAAAUAUUAAUCUACAAAUCUCUACUCAAGCCAAUGUGGACGUAUGGACUUCAAUUAUGGGGCCCAGCAAAAAAAUCUAACACUAAUAGAAAUCAAACAUUCCAAAAUAUAUCGCUCUGAGCUCCACCCUAUAGCAUAGGUGCAAAUAGGGGGGCUUUAGGGGCUAAGCCACCCAAACAUUGAAAACAUUUUGUUUUAAGCUAAUUCAAUAUAUAUCAAAGUAAGGCUUUAGAUACUAACAUUUUAUAAAUUUCAAACUACAAAAUAAUUAUUAAAUUUUAAAUUUGAUAAAUUUUGUCAAAAUUUGAACUUUAAAUGCUUAUAAAAAAAAAUUGUGCGUAUAUAUUUUUAAUAUUUUUCAACUGCUAUUGUAACAUUAUAUCAGGAGCCUUUCAUUACAUUUUCACGCUUUUUUACCAAACAAAUAAAAUUUUAUUGACAAUUCCCGUAAACAGCUCAAAAAGUCAAAUUAUUUUAUAAAUUUUAUCAUGUAUAGAAAAUGCUAAUAUAAACAUACAGUGAAAUUUUCAAGUAUCUACAGUCAUUCAUUUUUUAAUUACAACAAAAUAAGAAAAUCGUUACAUGAGAAAUCGAGUGAAUAUCAAAUGUUGUAAAAAUAUGAAUUUCAAACGCUCAUAAAAAUUUAAUUUGACUUUCUUGUAGAUAUUUUUUUUUUUUGACUAAGGUAGACCAACCUAUGAGGAAUCUUGUAUUAUAUUUUCAAAUCUUAGAUUAAAAAAUAAAAUUGUUUAUGAAUUUCUAACUCAAAAUAAUUUGCAAAUUUUCGUCAUUUUUACGUAUUUUGUCAAUAUUUGAACUUAAAAUGCUUAUAAUAAAAUUGUGACUAUGGAUUUUUAAUUUUUAUCAUCUGCCUUUGAAACAAUAACCUAGGAGCCUCCUUUUAAAUUGUUAAGCUUUUUUAACCAACAAAUAAAAUUUUAUUGAUAUUUAUAUAAAAAAAAAUUAAAAAAAUGGAAACUGAAAAUGCUAUGGAAAAUGUUAUGGUGUAUAGAAAAUGCUAUUAUACACAUUCAGUCAACAUUUGAUAUUUUGAUGUACAUACGGUAAUUAGAGUUGCACCAAAAACCAAAAUCGAUUUUCUCGAAAACAGCCUAACCCCCCUAAGUACCAACUAGAUUCACUUUCCUAUCAGAAAAGUUACUGUUGAAGAAAAUCCAAGCAUUUUUACUGUUCUAAAAUGUGAUGAAUUUAAAAAAAAUAAAAAAAAAAUAAAUUGUUUGGUGUUACUAAAAAAGAAAAAUAACCCUAGAUAAAUGACAUCUUUUUAAAUUGUAAAUUAAAAAUUAAUAUCAUCGGACGAUGUGGUUGUUUUCUAUAAAUAAUAUAUUGAUUUUAAUGCAAGAAAGCAGUAUACCAUUAUGCGGCUUUUAUCGAUGCAUUUUUCAAGGAAAAUGUAUUUCUAAUAUGUUAAUUAUUUUAGAAAUAGAUAAAAAAUAAAUUAAUAAAUUUUACAAUUAUUUGCUUUGAUUAUUCUUUUAUCACGAGCACUCAGUUUUUUAUACUGUAUGAUACUACUACCAU